AUGGAGCUAUCUUCCCCACAGCUAGUCUGCUUCCUCCUCUUGCCUCUCUCCCUCUGCCUCUUCUUCCUCUACAGGAGCUGGUCAGAGCGAAGCAGAUGCACUGGCCUCAAGCCCUACCUCUUGCUCGGUCUCCUUCCCCAGUUCCUCAACCGGCACCGAUUUCUCGACUGGAUCACCGACGUCCUCGUCCACAGCCCCACCCACUCGAUGACCUUCCGGAGCCCGGGGCAGGUCGGAGGUGUCAUCACCGCCAACCCCUCCAACGUCGAACACGUGCUCAAGUCCAACUUCGAGAACUACCCCAAGGGCGAGCGCUCCUUCCGCAUGCUGGUGGACUUCCUCGGCCAUGGCAUCUUCAACUCGGACGGCGAAGAGUGGAAGGGGCAGCGCAAGCAGGCGAGCUACGAGUUCAGCAAGCGCUCCCUUCGCAACUUCAUGGUGGACACCAUGCAGUCGGAGAUUGCCCACAGGCUGCUGCCGCUGAUGAGGAGAGCGGGAGAGAAGGGCGAGACGAUGGAUCUGCAGAGCGUCUUGGAGCGCUUCGCCUUUGACAGCAUCUGCAAGGUCGCCUUCGACGAAGACCCCGCGUGCCUCGCGGAGGACGCCGUUGCCGAUGCCACUUCCUCGAGCUUCAUGAGAGCCUUCGAGGAAGCGCAGAACCUGAUCGUUGGCCGGUUCAUGGAUGCUUUCGAGAUCACGUGGCGGGUGAAGAAGCUGCUCGACAUCGGGUCGGAGAGGCGGCUGAGAGAACUGCUCGCGGUCGUGCACGGUUACGCCAUGCGGAUCAUUCGAGCAAGGAAGGAGAAAGCCUCAGAGCUGGACGAACACCACGACCUCCUCUCUCGAUUCGCCUCCAACAAGAACAACUCGGAGGAGUUCCUGCGAGACAUCGUCACAAACUUCCUCGUGGCAGGCAGGGAGACGACAUCAUCGGCCCUGACAUGGUUCUUCUGGAUCCUGUCGACGAGGCCCGACGUGGAGAAGAAGAUACUGGACGAGGUCACAAGUGUAAGGACCAUCAACAAGAACACAAGCGAAACGUUCAGCUUCGACGAGCUCCGAGAAAUGCAUUACCUCCACGCCGCGGUGACGGAGUCGAUGAGAUUGUAUCCUCCGGUACCGAUCGACACACAGUCAUGCCUGGAAGACGACAUCAUGCCCGACGGGACCUUCGUGGGCAAAGGAUGGUUUGUGACUUACAGCGCUUACGCCAUGGGGAGGUUGGAGGACAUAUGGGGGCGAGACUGCAACGAGUACAAGCCGGAGAGGUGGCUGGAGAACGGAGUCUUUAGACCCGAAAGCCCGUUCCGAUUCCCGGUGUUCCAUGCAGGCCCAAGGAUGUGUCUGGGGAAGGAGAUGGCGUAUGUACAGAUGAAGUCCAUCGUAGCCAGAGUGGUGGAAAGGUUCGAGAUCGACGUGGUGGGGAAGGAGAAGACCCCGGAGCACGUGCUGUCCCUCACGCUGAGGAUGAAAGGAGGCCUGCCAAUUAAAGUCAAGGAGAAGGUUAAGCAGUGCUGUUAGCAUCAGUAGAGUGUGGUGGUCGCAUUUGUAUUAGGCAAAGAUGUUUGCAUUAUGUUUUGCUUGGAUUGUUGUGUCGCAGCAGUUGAAUCCUAGUUUCUGAUUGCAUUCACUACUUGGUAUCUUGGAAAUGGAAGUAGUAGUACAACUAA